CCGAUACUGACGAGGACCAAGAUGAAGAGUGCUGGUUCGCGCAGAUCUACACGCAGCUAACCGGGGCGAAAAGGGAGAGAGAGAAAACGGGCCGCAAUGACCUCGCGAGGGAUGGCGACCCGAUCCUUCUGCGGGAAAAGGAAGGCGAAAACAGUGCAGGCGAAAAGGUCGGAAAUUUCCCCAAGGAAAUCAACACAGAGCUGCAGAUAUGCAACGCAAACGCAGUGUCUGGGUCUGGAAGCGGAAGGGCGGAGCUUGUGCCGCCUGUCUUGAGUGCGGUUGUUAUAAAAUCAAAAUCUGUAUUGUGUGGCCAGCAUUAGCGCAGCCGCUCCUUCCUUUUUCAUGCAGUUGCAGAAAUGCAGUCUGGUGUAUUUCAUUUGUAUUUGUAAUGUUCGAGAACAAGACCGUCCUCACCUCUUGCUCUAGAAACUUGUCAUGUUUGGCUGCGUGCAGUCGUCGAAAUGUGUCAAGUGUGUCAAUCAUUCCGAGCCCAGUGCCUCAAGUUUCGGGGCCCAGACAUGUUAGUUUGCAUGUGCAUAACAGAAGCUCAGCGAAAUCGAAGGCGUUCGCUUGGCGGGUGUCGUGCGAAAACGAUACCCAUCAGACGACGUCCUGAAGACGGCCAAUCUUCCCG